CAAACCUCACCGAGUACUACACCCUCGGACACGUUUCGUUGCUAUACAUAUAUUACUGGCAUACGUCGCAAAUGUCUCAAGACAGACUAAUUGUGCUUAAAGAGUGGCCAUUUAACGCCGAGCCGCCGCUCAAGCAGCUCAUAGAGCACCCUAUCACACCAGUGGACUUGGUGUAUGCGAGGAAUCAUGGUCCGAUCGAGCAUCUAAUCGCGCAGAAGUUCAAGGUCAAGGUCGACGGCCUUGUGGAACACGAAGCGGAGUACACGCUAGCAGAUAUACAGAAGAAGUUUCCGAAGGUCGAGGUUGUUGCUGCGAUGCAUUGCGCAGGCAACCGUCGCAGAAUCAUGCAGGACAAGAAGGACAAGCCCGUUGAAGGCGUGCUUUGGGGCCAGGCCUUGAUCGCGAAUGUGCGCUGGGGCGGCGUACGCCUUCGUGACCUCCUCCUCGCGGCCGGGAUCUGCGACCCUCCGGGUAAGGAGGGGACGAUGUACGCCUGUUUCGCGUCCCAUGUUACCACCUGCGAGGAGGACGACUGGUACGGGAGCUCAGUGCCGCUAGAGAAGGUGCUGAGCGAGGACGGCGAUGCUCUCUUGGCAUAUGAGAUGAAUGGAAAGCUACUUUGGCCUGAGCACGGGUUCCCGUUCCGGGUAAUCGUCCCGGGAUACAUUGGUGCUCGCUGGGUGAAGUGGGUGGACCAGAUUACUGUAGCACAUCGCGAGUCGGAGAACUUUUAUCAGCAGAAGGAUUACAAGGUCCUUCCUCCGGAGGUGCAAACCAAGGAGCAAGCAGAACAAUAUUGGUCCAGACUCCCACCCAUCCUUGCCAAUCCCGUCAACUCUGUCAUCGCCUCCGUGGGGUUAUGCGACGGGGAACUCAUUGUCAAGGGAUAUGCCGUCGGUGGUCCCGCUGGGCCAAUCAGGGCGGUAUCGGUGAGCAUCGACGGAGGGCUGAGCUGGAUCCCGGCGAGGAUCAAGUACCAAGAGGGCCGGUGGAGUUGGACGCUAUGGGAGGCGACGAUAUCGCUAUUAGACGGCAGUGUGGAGUGCCAUGGCAUAGUGUACAGCCGCGCUGAGGACACGAGCGGGAACACGCAGCCCAAGGAUACGGACUGGAACCUGAGGGGCGUGGGGUAUCAGGGGUAUGGUGAGAUACGCUUCUGAAGGACUUGCGAUCAGUGUUGGUGCCCGCUCUUGGAACGCAUGCUAUCGACACCGUUUUCGUGCCUAUAUCUAAUUGAUUUCGGAGAAACCUGGAUUUUAUGAUGUAGUAUAGGUCGCGUGCUAGUGAAUGAAGAGGGCGUGGAAGCUA